AGGGGGCGGGAUUGUAUGAAAUGAAUAGGUGACGUCAGAUCCCUGCUCGCAGAGAGUGUGACAAACAUGGCGACGGGACGGAUCGCUCAGGGGUAUAUUCUAACUUUAUUGGUGUUUUUCUGGACUGUGGCAGCGGGACUGGCCGAGGCGGCACUAGCCGGAGUUAGCGGCAGCCGGAUCCUUGGCAUGCGCCUGGAGUGGAGUAACAAGCCGGCGCUGACUACCAACGACGGGGUCAUCCAGGUAACCGAGGAGAGCAAUGUCAAGCUCAGGUUUUACGGGGUGCAUAUGAACUCCGGCACCUGGGAGCAGAUUAAGUUUACGGAGCGCGGAGACGGCAGAGAGCUCGAGCGCGACUCCGAUAGGAACUGUACCGACUUCACUAAGGACUUCAGCAUCGACAAGUUUAUGAACGUUAGCAAUCUGGACACCUCGGGGGUGCUGAACAUGGUCAUCAAGCCGCUCCGCAAAAGCGAGCCGCGGAAAGAGUAUGCUUUGUGCGUCAAGCAGGGUACGGACUACAGGUGGUCCCUGCUGGGUGAGAACGACGGCAAGCUGCUGGUGGUGGAGGAGAAGAAGUCACUGCUGCCUUUGUGGUUCCAGGUGAUCCUCAUCGCCUUCCUCCUGGUGCUGUCUGGCAUGUUCAGUGGUCUCAACCUGGGGCUCAUGGCCCUAGACCCGAUGGAGCUCCGCAUCGUGCAGAACUGCGGUACAGACAAGGAGAAGAAAUAUGCUCGUAAAAUCGAGCCCAUCCGCAGGAAAGGAAACUACCUGCUCUGCUCCCUUCUGCUGGGGAACGUGCUGGUGAACACCACGCUCACCAUCCUGCUGGAUGGCCUGAUUGGCUCCGGCUUGGGUGCCGUGGUGGCCUCCACUAUUGGCAUUGUCAUCUUCGGCGAGAUCGUGCCCCAGGCCCUCUGCUCACGCCACGGCUUGGCUGUGGGCGCCAACACCAUCUUAGUUACGAAACUAUUCAUGCUGCUCACAUUCCCGCUCUCCUAUCCCAUCAGCAAACUGCUGGAUUAUGCUCUGGGCCAGGAGAUUGGGACCGUGUACAACCGGGAGAAGCUGGUGGAGAUGCUGAAAGUGACGGAGCCUUACAACGACUUAGUGAAAGAGGAACUUAACAUGAUCCAGGGCGCUUUGGAGCUACGGACCAAGACCGUGGAGGACAUCAUGACACCGCUAAGCAACUGCUUCAUGAUCCACAGUGAUGCCGUCCUGGAUUUCAACACCAUGUCUGAGAUCAUGGAGAGCGGUUACACCCGCAUCCCAGUCUUCGAGGACGAGAGGUCCAACAUCGUGGACAUCCUCUUUGUCAAGGACUUGGCCUUCGUCGACCCGGAUGACUGCACGACCCUGAAGACCAUAACCAAGUUCUACAAUCACCCGGUCCACUUUGUCUUUCAUGACACUAAACUAGACGCCAUGUUGGAGGAGUUCAAGAAAGGUAAAUCACACCUGGCCAUCGUGCAGAAGGUGAACAACGAGGGUGAGGGUGACCCUUUCUACGAGGUGCUGGGCCUGGUCACACUGGAGGACGUCAUCGAGGAGAUCAUCAAGUCUGAGAUCCUGGAUGAGUCUGACCUCUACACCGAUAACCGCAACAGGAAGAAGGUAGCUCACAACAAGAACAAGCGCGACUUUUCGGCGUUCAAACACGAGAGCGAGUCCAAGGUGAAGGUCUCCCCCCAGCUGCUUCUGGCCGCCCAUCGCUUCCUGGCCACAGAGGUGAUCCUCUUCAGUCCGUCGCAGAUCACGGAGAAAGUCCUGCUGCGUAUUCUCAAGCACCCCAACGUCAUCCAGGAGAUCAAGUUCAACGACAGCAACAAGCGCUCUCCCCACCACUACUUGUACCAGCGUGGGAAGCCUGUGGACUACUUCACCCUCAUCCUGCAGGGCCGAGUCGAGGUGGAGGCUGGCAAUGAAAACAUGAAGUUUGAAACAGGCCCCUUCUCUUUUUAUGGAGUCAUGGCUCUGAGCACUCCAGCUUUGGUGGCAUCGCUCCAUCCUCGUCACCUCUCUUUAAAGAGGUAUUCUCUGUUCUCUCGGUUUCCAGGUAAAUUCCGGCAUGUCUGGGGCCCAGGGACCCUAACUGGGGUUGGGAGGGCAGUAGCAGUAGCUAACCUUCAUUAGAGAUUAGAGGGUAGAGUGACAGCUGCCUGUCUCCUGCCCGGCUUCCAAAGAGCCCCGAUCCAGCACACUGUUCUCUGCAAGGGAGGCCUUCAUGUGAAAACAUAUUGGGGGGGGGGGGGGGUGGAAUCUUCUGGAUCUGGGCUCAGGCAACCAACAGGCACUGCUGCUGAAUGGGUGAACUGGUCUAACUGUAGGAGGCGUUCUGUCUCAUAGCAUUAUCACCCUUUAGCAUUGUGUAAUCAAACUGACAGUACUAACUCCCACCCUGUCCUAAGCAGGCCCAUCCCCUCCUCUGGGAACUCCGCCCUCUCUGGAUGAGUCCCUCCCCUGGGAGCCACGCCCAGUCCCAGGCAGGCCCGCCCCCUGCUCUGGGAACCUUGUCGUGAGGGCCCCCCUCCGCUCAGGUCUCUGCCCUUCCCUGUACAGGUCUGGUUGGAGCUCCACCCACUCCUACACAGGCCUGCCCCUUCCUGAGUCAGCUUCCUCGCCCAGGCAGAAGGUCACCCUAAGGCAUCUGGGGGGGGAGGGGGGGAAUCAUUGCUGCUUUCACCUUAUUGAGGGUGUCUGCCUGACACGUCAGUCCCGGACUGCUCACACAAGCACUGCAUCUCCCUGGUAACAGGUCACAGACCGAUAUGAUCUGGAGAUGUAUUUGCAUUUUGUCGUGUUUAGCGCGCUCUAUCUGCCCCUUUCUGCCCCCCCCUUCUUGUAUCUUCUCAAUCUCUGGCUCUAUCUUAUCAGUAGUUAUUAAUUUGAAAAUAUUUCCCACACUAGCUGUUCCGCGUGUUCCAGCACUGGUGAUCUUCUCCCUCUCGCCCCCUUGUGACGGUGUCUCCAUGUGUUUCAGAGUUUCGCUCUCCCUCCCACCUCAGCGGCCUCAAUCGCUCCGCCUCCCUCAGCUGCACAGAUCGCUCCGAGUCACAGUCGGUCAGCGGCAGCAACAACCAGCUG